AUGCCUUACAGCCUCCGAGAUCUAGCCAAAUUGAAAAAGCCUGCACGCUACAGGUCCACCGCUGACGAAGAGUCCACUACCCCAGAACCAGCUUCUAGCGACCAAGGUACAGACCUGAGCGACCAAGAUGAGGAAGACCGCUCCCAAGGACCUUCGCGUACAAAUACGCCGGCCCCGAACCCAGACUCACUUAGAUCUUCGUCUUUCACUAACGACGACGUGUAUCUCACACCACACCCAUUUUCGCCGCUCUUCAUGUCCAACGCACCCCACCCUGCGCCAGCAAGCGCAAGCAAUCCACCAAACUCCCAAGAGAGUCGCAAAAUGGCAAACAUCAAGUACGUAAAGAAACGCUCUGGCGACGGACAGCAACCCCAAGCAGCGCCGGUAGUACGCGACUUCGCCAUGCGCCCUAGCAGGACCUCUCAGCGCGCAGCAGCUUCCGAACCUGAACCUGAGCCCACCCAUGUCCCUCAGAAGCCAGCGGCGUUCCCUUCGCUACCAGCCAACGCUCCACCACCGCCGUUUGACCCGAAAUUCUCAGGUCAUGGUAUGAGAGAGCUGAUGGCGGCUAUCGAGACCGGCGACGAGACGCGCAAGGAACACAUCAAAGACCACUUCAAGAUUGAAUACGAGGCGGGUAAAGAUCCCUGGUAUGUGGCCUUGAGGCGUCGCUGGGACCCUAAGAUGGUAGAUUCUAAGGUCACAUUCGAAUCUCUAUGGGUAUCACUACGCCAGACUAUCAUCGAGCAGAUAAAGGACGACUUCAUUCCCGGCACCUAUAUCAGUCGCUUCUACCCCGUAUGCUGCAUCCUGAGCCUCUCCAAGGCGAAGCUGGAUACGAUUAUGGCGGAGAACGCCGCAGUAUGGGAGACCGAGGCUGAGAUCCCACAAUACUUCAAAGACUACAGAAGGCGAUACCCUCAUGCUAUCAUCGACCCGGAAGAGCCUCCCCCGGUCGAAGUGGUGAAGGCGAUCAGAUUCUUGAGACAGCAAAGGCUUCCUGUUAGUUUGUUGGGCGAGUGGCAGGCACUGCCGGGACCUGAAACCCGCAAGCUGUUGAAACGUGCUGAAGGACAGGAGUCUCGACAAGCCGCAGAAAGGCAAGAAGCAUCUAAAAAGCGGCGGCAAGAGCGAUGCCAAAAGUGUGACAAGGAAGGCCAUACAUUGUUGGAACUCGACGAGAGAGGAGUAUAUAAAACAGAAGUCGACACCCUCCGCGCACAAGGCAACGCUGAAUAUGCAGCGCUCGAUCAACCCCCCGGUCCCAUGGACGCCGCCCCACUCCUCGAAUACUUUCACAAAUUGAAAGCCAACCCAAACUCAAAUCCAUGCCUCGCCCGGCAAGCAAACCCAGCCGCACACAAUCCAUACAUGUCUACAGACCCCAGAGACCCAUUCUAUCUACUAGAUUGCUUCGGACAACUUCUGACUCCUCCACCGAGUCCCUUUACCAAAGCGGGUUCAGCGAAAAGCAGUUUCUCAGGCAGUCUCUCAGACAUGGGGGAGCGCUAUAGCACACCGUCCCCACUGCUACAAGAAUUGUCCGCGUACACACUGCCAGAUCCGCCCGUUUGGCCGAAUACGGAUCACUUAGCUGGUGUACGUAUGCCUGUGCAAGAACAACAACAACAACAACAACAAACCUCGCAGCAAUCUGGACCGGCGCGACACGUACCGGCGCAACACGUACCGGCGCAACACGUACCGGCGCAACACGUACCGGCGCAACAAAUUUCGGCACAGAAUCUACCGGCACAGCAUCCACAAGCACAACCCAUACUAGCACCCCACAUACCCAAGAAACGCGGCCCAUAUAAGACAAAGGACAAGUCUCUCAAAGCGGCUAGUAUCUCGCCGAUCAAUAGAGUGGUGGGUAGAGGCGGUAUGGUCAGUUUGGGUCACUCGAAAGAGGUGACGGAUAUGCUCAAGGCACAGGCAGAGGCGCACGCACAAGCACAAGUCCAAGCCCAAGUACAAACACCGGUACAAACACAACUUCAAGCACAAGUCCAACUCCAACCCCAAGCACCGGCACAGCCUCGGAACGAGGAAGUACAGAAGGAAGUUGAGACGAAGCUAGAUACGCCGCUGUUAACAGAUGCAACGUUGAUAGAUGAGGAGAAGCCGGUGGAUGGAGGUGCGGUACUGCCGCCGUGUCCGUUUACGAAUCCGACGGAGACGGCGGCGGCGACGGCGCAAGAAGAGGGAGGUGUGUCGAUGGUGGGUAAGACGGCGGAUGGCCGUGAGAAGGGGAAGGGAAGGGCGGUGCAGAUAUAG